AUGGUGUUGCAAUCUGAGAUCGGUUUUGGCAGAGAUGCAAAACCCUCCCUGGAUAUUUCCAAUCCUGAUGCAUGGGUUGAAAGAAGGCCAGAGCUCGUCAAGCUAACUGGUGUCACGCCAUUCAAUUGUGAAGCUCCUUUGCAGUUGUUAAUGGCCGACGGAGAAAUUACUUCCUGUGGCUUGCACUACGUGCGAAAUCAUGGUAAUGUACCAAAGAUUACUUGGGAAUCGCACACGCUUACGGUCUACGAAGAGCUCGACGCGUCUUAUUCUGCGCCUGGGAGCUAUAAUGAAUCCGUAAAAUACUCAAUGGAUGACCUCGUAAAUCUACCGGUACAGCGAUCUAUUCCUGUUCUUUUAGUAUGCGCAGGGAACCGUAGAAAAGAACAGAACAUGAAACGAGCCACCAUUGGGUUCAAUUGGGGUUCUGCAGGCUGUAGUACAUCGAUGUGGACGGGUGUUCCACUAUGGGCGCUUCUGGAGUUGAGUGGAUAUUCAUUGGAUCAAAACAAGUCAAAGAUGUCUUCAAGUGAUAUGCGGAAACAUUACGUCUGGUUUGAGGGUGUCGAAAAAAUCGGCAAUAAAGGUAUUUACGGCACAAGUGUACCUCUGAUGGCGGCCUUAGACAGAACUCAAGAUAUGAUGGUAGCUUACGCAAUGAAUGAUGAGCGCUUACCUCCGGACCACGGCUACCCUCUACGAGUUAUUCUACCAGGAUACAUCGGCGGCCGUAUGGUUAAAUGGCUAUGUGCUAUCCGUAUAAAGUCAUACGAAUCUGACAAUUACUGGCACGUGAAUGACAACCGUGUGCUACCUACUGAGGUCUUAAGCCGAGAGAUUGCAGAGCAAGGUGGCUGGUGGAAGAAGCCAGAGUAUGUGAUCAAUCACCUCAACAUCCAGUCUGUCAUUACAAAACCUGCACACGCAGAGGAACUGCCAGUACCGGAUGCCGAUUCGACUGAAACGUAUCUAGUGCAAGGCUACGCGUAUACAGGAGGAGGCAAACGACUCAUCCGCGUCGAGCUCUCUAUCGAUCAUGGGGAAACUUGGCUGCUUGCUGAACUCCAUCACUCAGACAAGACUGGGCCUACAGAAUACGGGAAACAAUGGUGUUGGAUAUUCUGGAGUUGUCCAGUGCUUAUUAGUGAGCUAAUUAGUAAAGGACUAUCAGCUACUGAAGUACAGUUCUGCGUGCGUGCGUGGGAUGAUUCUAUGAAUACACAACCGAAGUACAUGACUUGGAACCUCAUGGGGAUGAUGAAUAAUCCGUGGCAUCGUGUUUUCGGCAAAAUCGAUUUUAGCGAAGAGAAAUAUGUGUUUCAACACCCAACAAACCAUACAUUCACGGAGGCGGACAAACAAGUCAUUCGUGGAUGGAUGGACACAAAAUUUGAUCUACCGUGGAUGAAUCCUACAAACUCUACAAAACUCCCUUCUCGGAAGGAGGUCAACCCAGUUUUGAAGCAACCCCUGACUGCUAAGGCAGCUGAUCGUGUCUAUACUAUGGCGGAGGUUGCAAAACACAAUCGAAAGGAAGAUUGUUGGAUUAUCGUAGAGGGAUUUAUUUACGACUGUUCCCGAUUUAUGGAUCACCAUCCUGGUGGCGCGACAGCAAUAAUGGUACACGCAGGUAAAGAUUGCACCGACGAGUUCCAUGAUAUUCACUCCAGUGCAUCCUCAUACCAACAAUUAUUUACUUUUUGUGUGGGUAAGGUGGCGAUGGAUAUUGCAACCAUUCAACAUUUGCCAUACGAAGAUACAGUCGGCGCCAGAACGCCAGUAAAGCUUGAUGUUGCGCGAUGGCAGGUAGUAGUUGUGGGGAAUGGUAUGGUGGGGCAGCGCUUUUGCGAAAAGUUGCGCAAGAACGAUCCUGAAGGUAACUAUCAGAUAAUUUGUGUUGGUGAGGAGUCUAGGCGACACUACAACCGUAUGCGAUUGACAGAGUACUUCGAUAAUCGGGAUGAAGGAGUUCUUUACCUAGCAGAUGAGAGCUGGUAUACAGAUGAGGGUGUUACGGUGAAACUAAACCAAAGGGUAGAUAUGAUUGAUAUUGAGAAGAAGCAAGUGACUAUGGAGAAUGCAGACUGCCCACCCAUUUCCUAUGAUUAUCUCGUCAUGGCGACAGGCAGCUACGCUUUCCUACCCCCUGUACCAGGACAUAAACAACGCGGUGUAUUCGUGUAUCGGACCUUGACAGAUCUAGACGAAAUGCUGAUGUACGUGGAGGAUAAUAUGAAAUGUGAGAACGAGGCUGAAGUCGAUUCGGGUACAAGUUGUAGUUCGUCACCAAUACCUACAUCGAUCCGGUCAGUGCAGGUAGCAGCGGUAGUUGGAGGUGGUCUGUUGGGGCUAGAAGCUGCGAAGGCAUUGCUGGAUCAAGGUCUGACUGUAUAUGUGGUUGAAAGGUCCUCACGGCUAAUGAACCGGCAAUUAGAUCAGGAUGGUGCGAAGAUUCUGCAAAAGAAAGUCGAAGCACUAGGUGUGAGAUGUAUUACUGGCAAGCGAUGUAAGGAGAUACUGGGUGACAAAGAUGAAAGGGUCACGGGACUUGACUUUGGAGAAGGUGAUGAUGUGCUCGAUGUGCAGAUGGUAGUAUUUGCCACGGGCGUGCGGCCUCGUACAGAUUUGGCUCAGAAAUCAGGGAUUGCCAUUGAGGAAGCACACAAGGGAGGCGGUAUCAUCGUAGAUGAUAACUUGGCGACGGAUGUGCCCGGUGUAUACGCGAUAGGCGAAUGUGUCAAUCAUAUGGGUAAACUAUACGGUCUGGUGGCACCAGGUUAUCACAUGGCUGAAGUUUUAGCCUGGAGAAUGAUUCAUCGUAACGCAGAAAUACUCUUGGAUAAGCCCAGCGACGACCGAGUAUUUACAGGCAGUGACAUGUCGACACGAUUGAAACUGUUGGGGGUUGACGUGGCUGUUUUUGGAGACUUCUGCCCCGAUAUUGAAGCCGUGGGAGUUGUUCCAUUGGUUUACAAGAAUCCAAUGGAGGGUGUUUACAGAAAACUAUACUUUACUAGCGACGGUAAGCACCUCACUGGAGGCAUACUAGUCGGCGAUGCUAGCGACUAUUCGCAGCUUCUUUUGUUGGUUCAAUCAAAAUCCCUUUUACAGAUAUCACCUGGUGAAGUACUCGUAGGAAAAAAGGGCGAUAGCGAGGAUAUGCCCCUUGCAGACGAUGCACUUGUGUGUUUCUGUAACAACGUAACCAAAGGUGAGAUUGUAGAAGCGAUUACUGAGGAAAAUAUAUGUGAUCUCGAGGAUCUUAAAGCUUGUACUAAAGCCGGGACUGGUUGUGGCGGAUGCGUCCCCACCGUGAAAACCCUUCUUUCCCGAUUAAUGACGAUUUGA